AUGUUCACACCCCUUUCCAAGGGGUCCGAAAGAGCUCAAGAUAAAUUGUGGGAUAAAACGAACUCACCCCAUCGAAAAAAGGCUAGACCCCCUAUUCCGACCACUUCAACACCUUCAAUACCUGAUCCGUUUCCUUCUCUCCCUACAACUACUUCGAAAGACGUCGACGGUAACGGCAAGAGUAAAGGAAAAGGUAAAGGUAAAUCCCUUGGAGGAGAAUUAAGAGCUGUCACUUCCAACUUGGCUGUCGGACCUAGGUAUAAACGUAAAGCUAGAAGGUUGAGUGGUGUUGAUCUGGAUACUGAGGAAAAUCGAUUGAAGUGGUUCUUCCGAGUAUGGAUAUGGGUUUCCAUGCCUUUCCCAGUUUCGGAUCCUUAUAAAGAUGAUCCAUUUCCUGAAAUACCUUCAUGGCCUAAACGUCCAAAAGAAAACUCUACUUAUUCUGAACCUGACCCGAGUCAUCAAGAUGGUGGAAAACAGGAUAAUCUACCGUUAGAUGUCAAUUUUUACUUUUUCUUAAUUUGGUACUUUGGAUUCCUCGGUGGACAUCUAUCACGGCGAUUCCCAGCUUCGUGGUUAAGAUUCUUAUGGUUCAUGACUUGUUUAGCCAUAGCAUGCUUUUCGUUGAUAGCAGGACAAGAUGAUGUUGCUUCUAUACAACAAAGAUUCUCGCUUCGAUUUUCACUAGAUCCUCAGCCAUUAUAA